UUGGACUGACAGCUAGCAAACAUCAUCGUCCAACAUGAAGAUAUGAAUGUUUUUACUGAUUUUAUUGAUUUUAUUUGCGUUUGGUGGUGAUGUCAGUUGUUGUGUUAGAGAUAUGUACAAGCUACAUUAGUUAGUUAGUUGGUUUUAGCAAGCUAACAUACACAUUAACCAAGGCUACGUGGCUAACUUCAGGUAGCUCCCAGCACCUCUUCUCUUCUUUUAUCAUGGAUGAUGAUUUUCUGCUCGCUAUCCAGCUUCAGGAGCAGUUUGACGCUGAAUAUGAGUCGUCAGUAUUUCCAUCAAACAGCUCUGGGGAUAAUGACUUCGGACACAGCAGUAAGAAACGAAGAGUGGAGGUAGCAGGGGGCGGCAGCAGCAGCAGUGAUGUUGUCCCCUACUGGAAGCCGACCCCGCAGCCCGAGAGGCCGCUGUCCAUCGUGGAUGAGUCCUGGGAGACGCUGGACCCCAACCCCGAUGUCAGAGCCAUGUUCCUGGAGUUCAACGACACGUUCUUCUGGGGGAAACUCAGCGGAGUGGAGGUGAAGUGGAGCCCCAGGAUGACACUGUGUGCUGGUGUGUGUUCAUAUGAGGGUCGAGGUGGACUGUGUUCGAUCAGACUCAGUGAACCUCUGCUGAAGCUCAGACCUCGAAGAGACUUGGUGCAGACUCUUCUCCAUGAAAUGAUCCACGCGCUCCUGUUUGUGACCCAGAACAACCGAGACCGUGACGGUCAUGGACCCGAGUUCUGCAAACACAUGAACCGUAUCAACGACGCCACUGGGACAAAGAUUUCUGUUUACCACAGCUUCCACGAUGAGGUGGAUGUGUACCGGCAGCACUGGUGGCGAUGCAACGGGCCCUGUCAGAACCGCAAACCCUACUUUGGCUAUGUGAAGAGGGCUAUGAAUCGAGCGCCUUCUUCUCAGGAUCCAUGGUGGGAGGAUCAUCGGAGGACGUGUGGCGGGACGUACACCAAGAUCAAGGAGCCUGAAGGAUAUGGAAAAAAAGGAAAGAAGAAUGGAAAAAGUGAUGGGAAAACCUCAGAGAAGAAACCCUCUGGAACUGGAAAGCCUUCAAGUACAACUACAGGUUCUGGAUCUCAGGAUAUAAGAAACAUCAUCCCGUUUAGUGGAAAAGGCUUCUCACUAGGAGGGAAGUCCACCACGUCUUCCUCACUGUUUAACAAGCCUCCAGUGCCUGUUGGGAAAACAGCUCCAUCCAGCUCCAUCUCCUCUCCCAGGAAACCCCUCACCCCUUCAUCUCCAGUUAAAGGUCUUAAUACUCCUGUUGGCUCAAGCCUGAACAAGCCAACCACAGGAAUCUCCAGCACCUUUCCUUCAAUUAGACCGGUAGCCUCUGGGGGGCAGAAGCCGCCCAUAAAGAGGUCUGUCAGUAACACAAGGGUGUUUGUCAGCGUCAACGGGUCACCGGUGAGACUCCCAAAACCCCACAGCACCCUGAGCAGCAGCCAAGGAGCAGAUAGAAUCAAACAGAAGUCCAUCGAAGGCCUUUUCAACAAUACAGGCCUCAGGAAGUCCACGAGUCAAUCCUCAACCACAGACACUAAAAGAGAUUCACUGACAUCACCAAAAGGUACUAUGGGUGCUACCUCUACCUCUUCCUUCUUCCCUAAACAAUCUAACAACCAUUCAUCUUCCACCUCCAGCAUAUCCAAGCCUAGUCCCAACAAAUCCAACCAUUCCAAAUAUCCACCCGUCAUUCCAAGCAAAGGCAGCCCCGCCAAACCAACACAGUCCAAGUAUUUCCACGAUUCUACCAGAGACAGUACACCAGGAGCUUCCGGCGGGGGUCAGGUAUCGAGGAAGAGGCCGCUGGACGAUAGCGGCGGCUCAUCCAGCAUCUUAAACUUCUUCCAUAAAACAUUAAACAGCGAUUCAGAUACCUCAAGGGAGUCGGUAAAGAUAGAAGCACCUGCAAUGCAGCAAAGAACUGCCACCGCUACCUCCUCCCCCUCCACCUCCUCCUCCUCCUCCUCCUCUUCGGUGAUGAUGGUCAGCUGCCCCGUGUGCCAAGCAAAGGUGCAGGAGUCGAAGAUCAACGCACAUCUUGAUUCCUGCCUCUCCUGAUUGAGGACUGAUAGAAGGGAGGUUGCAAUAAGAAGGUUCCAAAAGGAGACAAGAUUCAGGGAGUUUGCAGUGUUGAGUUUUAGUGCUUGAACUAAAUCUCCUUUUUAGACCCUCGCCUUAAGUUUUUAAUGCGUUUGGAUAUUUAGAAAAAAUGACAUCACUGUUGGUUUGAAAAGAAUUUGCCUCUUUUAAGUCUUACUACCAGGUUGGUUUGUUUUCUUUAAGGUUUUUCAUAUCACUUAACAGCAAUAAGGAUCAUUGUUUUCUCACUGGUGCCUGUUGGACAGUUUGUGCCUUUUACUGAUAAUGUAAGCCAACAAGAUCAGUUCAGUUCAAAACCUCCUCCACUCUUUUACCACCAAUUAUGGUUUAAAUUUAGAAGUUGCUGUGUUGUUAAGUUAUUUUCGCCUCCUGUGGGGGGGCGGAUGGAUCGUACAGUUCCUGCAGUCAGAUGUAUCCUACACCUCAGAUCCGCCUCCGCCUCCCUUCAGACAGCAGGAGACAGCCACUGACCUCUGCUGAUCUGCAGGAAUCAGAUUUCAGACUUGGCAGCUAUUUAUUUCUGCAGGUCUUCACAUUUACACUGCACCCGAAAGCCAGGCAGG